AUGCUUGUCGGCCCCAUGGCACCACCGGCGAUGCUCUUUCGACUACCUCACUCGACUAUUUUGCUCAACGACAGCAACCCCAACUGGCACUCUCCACAAUGGACUGCCUCUAUUUGCAUCUACCGCAAGUUCUACCACACCGAGUGGUCUAUCAAGUUCACUCCACUUUAUGACCUUUGUUACUUCUCAGUUCAUUCUCUAUACUUUUCGACACAUAUCCUCAAGAUGUCUGGAUUUCCACUGUUCAUGGGCAUGAUGAAGGCAGGGCAUGCCGUAGCUCAAAGCUCUGCUCCAGCGCGUUCAACGUCAUCGCCUGCGGGCAACACUGCUGCCAAUAUCCCAAGCAAGGCGUCCCAUCCGACUACACCACAUGCAAACAGAGAAAUUGUACAGGCGUUCACGAUGAGCACUGUGACCAGUAGCCAGGAUGCUACUCCCAACUACUCCUCCCAGCCGGCUACAUCAAGCCCACUUCGGAGCUCCGUGCAAUCAGUUACGAUGGCUCCUCAAGGCGCAGACAAAAAUCAGGAUACCGCCCCCAACCGUACCCAGCAGACCACGUAG